AUGGAUCGAAUGACCAAGCGAAAAUGUGUUCGAGCUGAUCCUAUGGUGGCCGGUCACAUGGCCUGGCGGUCUGUGAUGAACCACAGCGAUUCCGAUGACAUGCCCCUGAGAAACCCGUUGAACAAUGAAGUGAACAUACUGGGCCGAAGGUGGAUAACAGAAUAUGCUUCAUGCUUUGGUGGUGCAGAGAACAACGCGUGCCGGCUCUUCGGUGGGCAGUGUGCUACUAUGUUGGAUGGAUUCUUCCUGGAAUUCAGUGUGUGCCUGUUCAUUGGACUAUUGGCAUUCCCGUGCAUUUUGAGGCCACUAGCUAUCCAGUUGGAUGCACUGCCAUCCUCAGCGUUCACUGUGCGCACAUCACGUCCAGUUUGGUGUAUUCCAUUUCCAUGGCGCAGAACAGGAAAUGCAACAGUGGAAUGA